AUGGAGAUCCGGUGGACGCGAAAUUCGCUAUUAUUUCUGCUUUUGGCCCUCGUCGCCAUCCCUAUCUCUAACGCGUCACCGAAAGAACAGCUGCUGGAGAUAGAAAACAAUGCCUCAGAGUCCGAUCGAAGUCGGAGCACCACUAUCGGGCUAGAAAGCGGCACGCAAACCGAUUCCGGCCACACUCGAUCAGUAGACGAGCUAAUUAUCGCGCGUGAGCCAACGGAGGCGGCCACGCACGCGGUAAAGAAGCGCCUGCUGGGCAAGGAAGGCAAAAAGUACCGGAAAAAGUACGUGUCCGGAGACGAUUAUCGAAAAUCGAUGCCACACGCCGGACAGACGGUGGAUGCCGAGGGCAGCGAGGAGCCAGCGAGUGGAACGUCCAAAUCCAACGAACCACACAGCAGAAAGAAGCGCCUGAUCUGGGUUACGGAUGAUGGCCGGCUAGCGCUUCCACCCGGUACGUCACUGACGAUCGCACCGACGAUUGCGCUGCCGUUUGUGCGUUACCCACCGACCGGCUUUCUGUCCAACAUUUCCAUCAGCUUGCCCAUAACGAUUGACUUCGAUAAGCUGGGACUUACGGAUAACCAGAAUCCGCUAGGUGUGUUACCGCCGCUAUUCGCGCGAUCCAUGGGACAGGCGGCCGGAUCAGUGCUGGCGGACUACGUAUCGGACUAUAUGAGGUUUCAGAGGCGCAAGCGUAGCAUACCGAGUGCCUCGAACGAUCACUUCAAGAUCACCACCAACAGGUUGGAUGAGGAUGAGACGGAAAAACCUCUGCCGCAGCUGCCGACAGAGCAUAAGCAUGCGUUCCACGGUGGAGAACGAGCAUUACUGUACGUGGUAGUUGAGGAUUUCAUAGCAAACUUUGGACUGGAUGGGAAAGCAUGCAUGCUUCGUGCCAUAUGCGAGAUCCACUCGAAAUCGAUCGAAAAGUUUGGUCUGAUCGGAGAAAUGUUGAAGCUGUUCUUUACAGCAUCGUUAUCGCCAUAUUCCGAGCAUUUAGACGAGUACGUCACGGCAGAAAAGAUCGGACGUGGUCAGGAUGGUCCUGGCGAGUGCUUCCCGUAUUACAAAGACUGCCCGAGGAGUUUGUUCCGAUCGUCAAACAACUUCCAGCACAUGUAUCGGGAACAGCAGGAGCACCGAAGUGAAGCGGAAGAUCGCAACCUCGACGAGGAUCGCCAUUUUGAGAAUGAAAUUCCAGUAGAUACGGGCGAAGCUGAGUUCGCAGUGCGCGAGCCACGUGCCGCUAGCUCAUGGAGCAGUAACACCAAAGAAAACACGAUCGUGCAACUAGAUCACCAUGAUCUGGCAGAGAUGGCAAUGUAG